GAAACUUUUACUUCGACCUCCUGAUCACAAUGCAGACCCUGGCCUCCCGCCCCUCCCUGCGCGCCAGCGCCCGCGUGGCUCCUCGCCGCGCCCCCCGCGUGGCGGUGGUGACCAAGGCCGCCCUGGACCCCCAGAUUGUGAUCAGCGGCAGCACUGCCGCUUUCCUGGCCAUUGGCCGCUUCGUGUUCCUGGGUUACCAGCGCCGUGAGGCCAACUUCGACUCCACCGUGGGCCCCAAGACCACCGGUGCCACCUACUUCGACGACCUGCAGAAGAACUCCACCAUCUUCGCCACCAACGACCCCGCUGGCUUCAACAUCAUCGAUGUUGCCGGCUGGGGCGCUCUGGGCCACGCCGUGGGCUUCGCCGUGCUGGCCAUCAACUCGCUGCAGGGCGCGAACCUGUCGUAAGCAGUCUGCCCAGGGCAUGACUGUUGGCGGCGCCAGCUAACCGGCGGCAGCUGCAGCAGUAGCUGUGGACGCUGCAGGAGUCACGGACUCCUGCGGCGGGGUGCGGGUCAGCGGAUCAAGGUUCGUGGGCCUGGCACUGGCGCUCGGCGGUUUGGAGGUGAACUUCAAAAGGUGGCGGCGGCCUGAUGAAUUCCCUGGCCCUAGGAGGACGUCGUGGACCGUUGCCGCUCCAGCAGCAGCACUUGGAGUUUAGCAGUGGACUUCUGUGCUGCGCGGCUGAGGGCGCUCGCAGCUGCUGUGAGCCUUUCAGCAUUGUGCGGGGCAGAGCAAUCUGCACGCGCUAGUCUGGGGGCUUUCUCGAUGUGUGUUUCGUGUUAGGGCUGUGUACAAUUUUCGCGGCAUGUCGUGCCUGCGACCAGCGGAACGCCGUCCUCGUCAAUGAGGCGAAGCAGCAAGCACGUGGCAUUGGGAGACGCAAUAGCAAUGCUGGCCGUUUGGGUCUUUUGCUGUCUCGGGCGCUUUCGCAGUCAAGGGUGUCGGGUGCAGUGUCCAGUCUCUCCCGCGUGGCGUCUCCCACGGGAGGGAGUGAUCGCUUGAGAAGACAAUCCAAGAUUUAAAAUCAUUUGCAAUCGCAAGUGCAUUUGCUUCUACCGUGGUCUGUAGUUCUACGUGUGCUCACGCAAAAAAAUGGCGCCUCGCAGUUGGCAGGUGUUCGGGAU